AUAUUUCGAAGUUAAAUACUACUAGCUAAUAAUUUCAAUUAUCCAAACAAUAUUCAGUUAAAUUUUAUUUUGUAAUUUGACAAUUAUCAUAAUAGGUCAUAUGAAUAUAUGAACUGUAGGAUAUAACAAAUAUAUAAGCCUGCUUUUUGUUUUUCUUUGAUUGCUAAGAGUUUUGACAAACUGUGUAACAGUAGUGCCAUUCUUUACUAGAGAAAAGUCAAUGAAGUAAUCGCCAUUCACCCAUGUGGUGAUGCACAAAGUGGACGUGAAGGCUACUUAGUCGGAAAACGAGUGACCAAGCAAAGUGAGCAAUUACUCACAAAGGAUGUUGUAGUGAUAUAGUUUUAAAGGCUACCAUUCUAGCGGUCCUGCCGCUUCUCUCACAUAAGGGUCUCAUCAGCCAAGAGUUACGAUGACCUGCCAUUGCGUCUUCACUGUGGUCAUUUCGGUGUCUGUGUUACUGUCCAUGGUAGCAGGUGCGCCCACAAAUGGCCUCUCAUCUUCCAAUGAUGUGGCCAGGGAUUCGGAUUUAUAUACGGUGUUAGUAGAGGACAAUGAAUGGCCAGAACUUUCCAGCCGCUACAUCCAGGAAUUAUCUCCCCUUGAGCCUCCUGAAGCUGUCGAGUACGUCCAGGAUGACGAGGAUGUCAACAAAAGACUGCAGAGACUGUCGGGAUAUAGCAACUUCCUUCUUCCAGAAGCUUUUAGGAAAAGAGGAAUUUACGAUGCCAAAAGAUUAGCUUUUUUCAAGAGAAGCAGUUUAAAUGAACUUAUCAGACGACUAAUGGCAUUGAGAGGCAAUAAUUAUACAGAUGGCAGGGCCUACUAUAUGAGAUUUGGUGCAGGAAAAAAGUAGUCGAACUUGUUAAUCCAAUGUAAAGAAAGCGAGCCCACACUAUGAGUUUUAUUCCGAUACUAGAUCUAGUUUCAUUUCGCAAGGGCUGAAAAGCUUUAUACCAGAAUGUUCUUCACAAGUGACUGAAAUCUUUGUAAUUUUGUAUUAAAAAGUACUUAAUAAACAAAAGAGAAACAAAAAAACAACAACAAUAUUUUACAAUAUUGCUCGCUAAA